CCUCAUCCUCUUCACUAACUUAUCCUCCAUUUUCGAGCCCAUUCUGUUGUUCCCUUUUAGAUCUUACCUCCUACACAUCUUACACUCGAUAGGCUCCUCCUGGUUUUCGUGACUAGGAAUAGAGUCCCUGCGGGACCCGUUCAAAAUGGUGCGCGAGGAGCUUAUCUCGUCUGCUGUAAGUCUCCUCCAAGAUCCGUCUGUCGCUUCUUCGCCAAUCGAAAAGCGAGUCGCAUUCCUGCAGUCGAAGAAUCUCACGAGAGAGGAGAUCGAUGUCGCUCUUUCGCGAGUAGGAGAAGAUCCGGCCGCCGCGGCCGCGGCAACAUCAACCUCGAAUUAUCAGCCCCCUCCGCAACAAGCAGUAUACCGACCACCUCCUCCCCAAUCACCCGCUCCAGGGUAUGGCUAUCCACCAUAUGGUCAAUGGCAGGCUCCUCCAGAACCCCCGAAGCGGGACUGGCGAGAUUGGUUCAUUAUGGCUACCGUCGUGGGUGGUGUGGGAUAUGGGCUUUACACUAUCACCAAGCGUUACAUCUCACCCUUGAUCGCGCCUCCCACACCACCGCAACUAGAGCAGGACAAGCAGGAUAUCGAUGAGCAGUUCGCUCGUGCAUUUACCCUUAUCGAUCAACUUUCUACCGACACAGCCGCCCUAAAGUCUGCUGAAGAAGAGCGAUCAGAGCGGCUUGACGCUGCUCUUAAAGAGGUGGAAAAUCUGGUUUCCGAUAUGAAGAACGCAUCUCGUCGGAGGGACGAUGAGACCCGCCGGAUUAGCGACGAAGUCAAAUCGUUGAAAGACGCCAUCCCCAAGGCCAUGGAGAAUGCCCGCGAGGGCAACGAGAAUCGCUUAAAGGAAUUAAGCACUGAGCUGAAAAGCCUGAAGGUUCUCUUGGGCAAUCGACUUGGUGGCGGUGGUAGCGGUACCAAUUCGCCUGUUGCUGGACGAACUGUGGGCGGGAUCCCUCUUCCAACUGCUUCGCGCGCAGAGGAGUCGGCCCCUGCGUCUAACGCGACAACUAAUGCGACAACAGGAUCUGUUGAGCAGCCAUCUCAAUCUGCGCAGCCCAGUCCAAGUGCGAGCACUGCAACUCUGGGCAACAACCCUCUUUCACAGCUUGGCCGAUCUGCCUCUAUUCCCGCGUGGCAGAUGGCGGCCGCAAACCGCUCCAAGACUGCCUCCCCGGCGUCCUCCAAUGCGGCCGACAACUCCACCUCGACCACCACGGCCACGGAUCUUCAAUUCCUCAUCAUAAUGUCCUCCCGAGAUCAUCCUCGCGACCGCACUGGCCAGUCUUCGCGACACCACACCCACAGCAGAUCCCGCUCCCGUUCUCCGAAUAGAACCGACAGAACCGACAGGCACCGAAGCCGACGCCAUCACCAUCAUCACCACCACCACGACGCCGAUAUUGACCAUGAGAGACACAGACGAGACGGAGAGCGCGAGCGUCAUCGUCAUCAUCGCCACCACCGCGAUCGCAAUACCCCCUCCCACCGCACUUCCAACACAGCGCAAGCCCCCAUAAUCCUCCCAUACCAAUCGCGCGAACUCACCAAACACGAUUUAACCGCCUACACCCCGCUCUUCGCCAUGUACCUCGACAUUCAGAAGGGCUUGUACCUAGAGGAACUUCCAGAGGACGAGGUCAAGGGUCGCUGGAAGAGUUUCAUCCGCAAAUGGAACCACGGAGAACUAGCCGAGGGAUGGUACGAUCCCGCGAUGCUGGAGCGCGCGCGGGCCAACGUCGAUGCCCUUCCUUCUCCAGCUCCUCGUGCAGCCAGCAACGCGCAAGCAGCAGCCUCCGCUCGACGGAAUCAAUCUGAUACCCACCCACGACACGAUCGCGAUAUCACCGCGCAAGAGGAACAAGACGACGACGAUGACGAUAAUGAAGACGACGACUACGGACCCACCCUUCCCCAACCCGACAAGUCACUAUCUGGGCCGACAAUUCCCACGAUACAGGAUCUGGAACUGAAGAGAGAACAAGCACGUGAAGACGCCCUCGCCGCACGCCACGACUCUAACUCGCUCUAUCGAACCGAGCUGCGCUCCCACCGCGCGGAGCUCCGGCAUAUGCACGACGAGGUGGCUCCGCGCGCGGAGCCGGGGACGCACGAGCGUCGCAUGGAGAAGCGACAGGAGGCUGCACAGGCAAAUCGCGCGUUCGCGGAGGCGCGACGCGGCGGGUCGCCGGGGGCGGCGGUGCCGGACGAGGAUCUGAUGGGAUCCGGCGAGAAUGACCUCGACGCGAUUAAAAAGUCCCGGGAAAGGGAGCAGCGGAAGAAGAACGAGCGGGAAAUCCGGCGUGAGGAGAUCAUGCGCGCAAAGGCGGCGGAGAGGGAGGAGAGGCUGCAGAAGUACCGGGAGAAGGAGGAGGAGACGAUUGGAUGGCUGAAGACAUUGGCGAAGCAACGGUUUGGUUGAUCUUCUCUGUCUGUGCCUUCGCCACAACACGAUACAGUCACUUGCAUACCAUAAGUGUUUCGGAUACAUACUUUUCUGCCUGAAUCCACAAGGCAUGAAUGGUGCUGUCUUUCGUUUCUCUGCAGCAGGAUAGAACUUGCUCGCCAUCAUGCCGUUUCAGGUAUGCAUUCAUAUCUGGCUCUGUCCUAGAUAGAUAUAGGAGAGUGAGGACGAAAUUAUGCGAAAAUGAAAGUUAAUU